UCUCUCAAUUGCAACUCAAACCUGAUCAAUUUAUAUAUCUCUCUGCAGGAUUUUCAUCAACUCUUUUAGUUCACACAUAUAUAUAAGCUCAUUAACAAGACAUUCUUGUAUAUAUUCUUGGUAUAUACAGACGUAAUUCACUUAGAAUUCUCAUCUCUCUCUUUCUAUCUUGAUAUAUAUAUAUAUAUCUGUAGGAUUUUCAUCAACUCUUUUAUUUCACACAGCUCAUUGACAAGCUAGGCCUUCUUGUAUAUCAUCUUGGUGUAUAUAGAAUAUAUCUUCUUCUUUUUUUCUUUUUUCUUUCUCUCUCGAUAUUGCUGCCAACAGCUAUGGAAGCUAUGAACAAACAGGAGCAAUACGAGGGUGUUUUUAAUCACUUUGACGAGAAUGGAGACGGGAAGAUAUCGCCGACGGAGCUGCAGCUUUGUAUUGGGUCAAUAGGAGGGGAGUUAUCGUUGCCGGAGGUGGAGGAGGCAGUGGCGUUGGUGGACUCGGACGGCGACGGAUUGCUGGGGUUGGAGGACUUUGUGAGGUUGAUGGAAGGAGUGGAAGAGGAAGAGAAGAUGAAGGAUUUGAGAGAGGCGUUUAGGAUGUAUGAGAUGGAGGGGAGUGGGUGUAUUACGGCGAAAAGCUUGAAGAGGAUGCUUAGUAGACUAGGUCAGUCCAAGUCGGUUGAUGAAUGUAAAGUGAUGAUAGCUCAAUUUGAUCUCAAUGGUGAUGGGGUACUCAAUUUUGAUGAGUUCAAGUUCAUGAUGAUAUGAUCAUGCAGUUCAUCACGCUAUUGUUUGUGUUCAUGUGUUUGAUCAUUCAUUGAUUGUAUUCUUUAUUUAUUUAUAUAUGAUGGAGAUGGAUAGUGUAUAGUUCCAGAUUAUUAUUUUUAUUUAUAUAUAUAUAUAUAGAAUUUCACAGCCAUUUAUGUAUUUGCAGUUUGCAGUAUAUAUAUCAUUUAAUUUCAU